AUGUGUGCGUACGGAGCUGAAGAUCCAACAGAUAAGAUGAAGCCGAUACACGCUCGCUCAUCGACGAUAAUGAACGCGAAAAAGUCGCUUUCUGCGUUCAUGCCUCGAAAGUCCGUCCCGUGGGAUCCAAUUCGCCAAGAAGGGAAUCCGACACGAUCCGAUUCUGUGAACAUGCUCAUCAAGCAAAUCAAGAAGGCAGAAGUCCGAAAAGAAGGAGUUGCGUCAUCUGCCCGACGCCCGCUCGAAUAUAUGGAGUUCCUAUCCCUUCUUUCUACUAUUCGUGAAAGCAACGAGAAGACGGAGACGAUGCGGAUGGUGUGUAGUGUGUUCACUUUGCAAUGGCAUCUUAUUACUCGGAUCGACGACAUGAUGAAGCUGCGAUUCGACAAUUUGGCGCCUAACAUCCAACACUCGGGUACUCUGCAGUGUCAAAUGCGAUGGUCCAAGAAUAUUUCGGAAGAACGCGAUGCACCAGAACAGAUUCUGCUUGGAAGCAUGGAUCCAUCUAUCUGUCCUCUUCUCAACUUUGCUGUGUAUCUUGAGGUGAAUGCACACGCACCUCAGUCUGCAUUUUGCUUUGGAAACCCUGAUGUGGGUGAUCGUGUUGUCCGCCGUGUACUCAAGUCUGCAUUCGCCAGUAAACGCUUUAAAUCAGAAAGAACAGGAUUGUUAGGAACACACAGUCUCCGAAAGGGUGCUACAACUUAUGCUAUGCGCUCAGGCGUCUCUAAGGACUACGUAGACCGUCGUGGACGUUGGCGUUACAGAAAAUCUACUGUUGACAUCUACAUACAUAACACGCAGCCAUAUCCAGACACCGUUGUCGCAAGUACUCUGGCUGGACCACUUGGGCCGUGCUUGUACGCACUGAAGGAUGGCAUGCGAUGUGUAUCGACCUCUCUACUUGUUGACUGCAUUGCCCCUACCAUAAAGCAAGUUCUCGGCGAGUCAGUGUCAAGGACACUGGCACUUCCUCUACUAUGGGUAUCUCUCUCACCAGAAACUUACCGUGGCGCUGGAGGUGAUCCAGACGUGAAUCUAGUUGAGCGCAUCGGAUUCCAUGUUGCCGGGGAUGGUGCGCAGUUGCAGUUGAUUGAGAUUCGUGAGGUUGAUGAUGCGACGAUGAAUUCAGCUGGCUCCGGUCAUGGCAGUAUUAGUGCUGAUGGGCAAAGGAAGGAGUUCGCAGCGCUGCAUGCUCAUCUCUUUGGCCUGUAUCGGAAGGUGGAUGAAGUGAUGCAUGAGCUUCUUCGUCUCAGAAAUGACUUUCAGCACAUGGACCACCGCAAUCAAGCCAAUCUCCGUCGCAUCGCUCUGCAGCCUGUGGUUCGAACCGUUGCUUCGAUUCCCACGGCAACACCCAGCGCAAGUCGUGCACCAGACAGUCACCAUACAGCUGCCAGACUGUGUAAGCGCCCGAGAGAUUUGUUUGAGCUGUGGCACGAGUAUGAAUUCGGAUGCGGUGGAUCAAAGCCAGCCAAGGAGUUCACAUCAAAGGAGCGUGGGGCCGAAAAUCCAAGUUCUGUCGACGUAAAGCAUUCUGGGAUGUCGUUGGUAAACUUGUUCGUGCGGGCUACACCAGUGAUGUAG